GCAGCCAAAAGGGCAUCAUCAUGAUCACAUCAUCGCUGUAUAAAUUCUAAUGGCCCGACAUAGUUCAAAUCACUUGUGUCUGAAACUUCGAAGGCAAAAGAACCACCACAAAUCAAAAUGUCGAAAUUGUUCUUCCUUGUUGGUCUUACCAUCUUGGCUGCUGCCUCUGCUCGCGUUCCCCGUGAAUCUGCCCCCGCCCCUGAGGUAUCCGGCGAUGCUGUCUUCAGUGCCAUCCAAAAUGGUUUGAAGAAUUUGGGCAAUGCCUUCUUUGAGGCCACCGGCACCAAGGAUGCUGAUGAUUUCCAAAAGAAGGCCCUCGAACGUUUCAAUGCUGCCCAAGAAAGAAUGAAGGUCUGGAUUGAGGGUGCCCAAAAGGAUACCGAACAAUUGAAGGAAACCCCCGUCAUCAAGGAUUUGCGCGCCGCCUUGGAAAAGCUCGGCAAUGACUUCAAGACCGCCCAUCCCGGUUUGAGCCAAGAAGUCUCCCAACAAUUGAACAAGGUCAACGAAGGCGUUGAAGAUGUUGCCAAGAAAAUCAAGGCCUUGGAAAACUCCGAAGAAAGCAAGAAAUUCAAGGAAACCGCCGACAAGUUGAUCGAAUCUGCCAAGCAACAACUCGAAUCUUUGGCCAAGGAAAUGAAGCCCCAUGCCUAAAUUUCUA